AUGGCGAAGACAAAGACGAAAAACCACACCCAGCAGCAAAAGGAUAUCCUCCGCUCCACCUCCGCUGCGCUUGUGAAGUCCCCGCCGAAGAAGUCGCAAAAGUCAAUUGAAGACCUCCUGACCGAAGCCGCCGAACUACUCGAACAGUCACAACCCGAACUCGCUCUGCCGCUUGCAGAGGAGGCGCUCCAACGGCUCGAAGCGGACCGCCGUCGACAAAAGCCCUCGUCGCAGGAAGGAGACGAGACUGACAUCGAAGAGCUCCUCUCCCUGGCUGCUCAGGGACAACCUACGCUACCUACCGCCUUAGUCCUCACCGCUGAAAUACAUGUGGCACUCGGAGAUGUUGACCCCGCACGAAGGAACUUCACCCGAGCAACACAGAUGGACAAGGACGGGGCACUAAUAUCGGCGGAACCAUGGCUCUGGCUCGCCCAGCUCUGCGAAGAAGGCGGAAGGGAGAGUAUCCGGUACUUUGAACAGGCCUGCGAAGUGCUGAGGAACGAGAUCGACGUGCUUGAGGAGGCGGUCAGCGGGGACGGCGAGACAGGCGCCAGGAAGGUGCUCGACGAGAAGAAGGCGAAGCUGGCGGACGCCCUGUGCGCCAUGGCCGAGGUGUACAUGACCGACCUGUCGUGGGAGGCCGAUGCCGAAGCGAGGUGCGAAGCGCUGGUCACAGACGCGGUGGCUGUGUGUCCUGAAGACAUGGCCGCGGGGGUGCUGCAGACGCUGGCGAGCGUGCGCAUAAGCCAGGGACGAAUCGACGAGGCCAGAACAGCGUUGAAGAGAAGUCUAGAGAUCUGGCACAAAGAGACCGGCCCUCCGUCGUCCGAGGAUAUGGCCAAAGACGCUACACAAAGUGACGACGGCACAGACCAAGACGCUCGACAACCCGACUUUGCGACGCGAGUGUCGCUUACCCGCCUGCUCAUGGAAGUCGAACUCGAACCGCUUGCGCUUUCGGUAUUGGAUGGCCUCGUUCGCGAAGAUGAUCAGAGUGUGGAGUGCUGGUAUCUGGGCGGGUGGUGCCAUGUCCUCAUUUCUCAAAAGGCUGGAAUCACGUCCGAGGAGAAAUCGAAAGCCCAACAGACGGCGAGAACGUGGUUGGAGAACUGCUUGAGAUUGUACCGUGUUCUGAGCUAUGACGACGAGAGGCUACAAGACCACGCUGUCGAAUUGGUUGACGGUUUGAAGAAAGCGCUCGGAGCAGAAGGUGAAAUGGACGAAGACGAGGAUGACGCCUGGGAAGAUGUAGAUGAACAGGACGGCGACCAAGAUGACGAUGGUGAUGUCGAGCUCGAAAUCGAGGACGAGGAUGUGACAGGGCCUGGUGCCACCAAAACUGGUGAUGGUGAUGUGGAAAUGACAUAG